AUGAUUGCCUCAAGUAUUCUAUUGGUGAUUACAUUUUUGUUAAGUAUUCUCUAUUUGUGGUGUCGUCGAACAUAUCGCUAUUGGCAGCGUCAUGGUAUACCGUUUAUUAAACCCACCCUAUUCAUUGGAAAUACCAAGGAGGCAUUUACUUUAAAGACCAGUUUUGGUCUGCACUUAUCGGAUAUAUAUAAUGAACCAAAGGUGCGUGAUGAGCCUGUCGCCGGUAUUUACAUAUUCAAUCAACCCGGUUUGAUUAUGCGUGAUCCGGAAAUAAUAAAAUCGGUGCUAAUUAAGGAUUUCAAUUUAUUCACCAAUCGUUAUGGAAGAUGUGAUCCCCACAAUGAUUGUUUGGGUAAUAAUAAUAUGUUCUUUGCUCGCAAUAAUUAUUGGAAGGAAUUGAGAACGAAAAUAUCGCCAGUGUUUACCAGUGGGAAAGUGAAACAAAUGUAUCCAUUGAUGUUGGAGGUUGCCUCUCAACUGGAAAACUUUUUAUCUCUCAAGGGCGAGAAUUUCACGACAGAAGUUAAGGAAAUUUGUGCCACAUUUACCACAGAUCUAAUCUCUACAAUUGCCUUUGGCAUCAACGCCAACAGUAUUAAAAAUCCCGAUGGCGAAUUCCGUUCCCAAUGCCGCAAAUUCUUUCUCUUUACUCUACCCCGAGCUAUUGAUUUUUCGGUGGCAUUUUUCCUACCCAAAUUCGUCUCACUGUUGCGUGUGAAAAUAUUUACCAAAGAUUUUUCGAAAUUUUUACGUUCCACCAUUACCCAUGUUAUGACAGAGCGUGAACGUACCGGUAUUCCUCGCAAUGAUUUAAUUGAUAUCCUGGUAGCCUUGAAGAAAGAAGCAGCGAAAAAUAAUCACAGUUUUAUGCAGAAUAGUGAUUAUUUAGUGGCUCAGGCAGCUGUCUUUUUGACAGCUGGUUUUGAAACGUCAUCAUCGACAAUGGCAUUUGCUCUCUUUGAGCUGUCAAAGAAGCCCGAAUUGCAGGAACGUUUGCGUAAGGAAAUAUGUGAUGCUAUGCUAAGUGAAAAGAAUGGCACGUUGACGUAUGAGCGAAUUCAGGGAUUGGAAUAUUUAAAUAUGGUGGUUGAGGAAACUUUGCGGCUAUAUCCUGUGUUACCAUUUUUAGAUCGUGAACAUCAAAAGCCGGCGGGUGUAUCAAAAGGUUUUAGUUUAAAACCUCACUAUGAUUAUACCUUGCCGGAUGGUAUGCCUAUUUAUAUACCAAUUUAUGCUAUUCAAAGGGAUCCGAAGUAUUGGCCCAAUCCCAAUGAAUUUGAUCCGGAACGUUUUACAAGUGAAAACAAACAGUUGCAAACCUCCAUGACCUAUUUACCAUUCGGUACUGGACCACACAAUUGUAUUGGCAGUCGUAUUGGUUUAUUACAAACCAAAAUCGGAUUGGUACAUUUCCUGAAAAAUCAUCGUGUCGAAGUGUGUGAUAAAACUCCAACAUGUGAACAAUUUGAUGCCAAAGCCUUGGUAUUACAAUUUGAACAAGGUAUAACGCUGAAUGUGGUGCGUGAUCAACUUUAUGACAAGGCCCGUCAACAAAAUUAACUUAAAUUUUCUAAAUUGUGAUAUAAA